AUGUCAGGCUCGGAGUCAAACUCUCUGCCCUCAACUCCAUCGUCGGGGUACGACUCCCCUUUGCCUUUGCCAUCAGUGGCCAAUGCAGCGCUCCCAGUACCUGGCCAAAAUGCGCGUUCCGGUAGGCCACUCAAAAAGUCGCAUGCACGAAAGCAACCUCCAGGUCAUGUUCCAAGGCCAUGCAACGCGUUUAUUCUCUUUCGCUGCGACUUCGUCCGUCAGAAAAAAAUACCCGCUUCUGUCGAACGUGACCAUCGUAAUAUUUCGCGGAUCGCUGGGAAGGUAUGGCGGGAGAUGAGCGAGACAGAGAAGGCUCCUUGGACGUCGAUGGCAGAAAAGGAGAGGGAGAAGCACUCACAGGCGCACCCUGGAUAUCGAUAUGCUCCCGUCGGACCGAGCGCGUCGUCCCACUCGAAACGAAAGAAGGGGAAGGACACUGUGGAAGGAAGACAAAGGCCAUAUACUCCAGAUACCGUCACCACACCGUACCGACGCUCGUCCUCUUGUCCACCACCUGGAGCUGUGCCCGUACCACCUAACAUGGAGACAUUGACGCCUAAUAUGAUGUACAUUCCGCGUAUUCGGGACGAUCUUGCACGUCGACCUAGCAGGACGAUCAUGUACCAAAUCGCCAAAGAGGAUGCGGCGUCGAUGUCUCCACCAAUCGACUCACAAUCGUACAAUAAGCUAUCGUACUUGGACGACGUUACUUAUCCCGCAAACAUGGUCUACGAACCGACGUAUGUGUUCGGGAGGAUAGAACCACCUAAAGGACACCCAGGAUGGGACGCAUCUCCCCCGAAGCCUUAUCUUUGGACUGGUCCUCUGCAGGGGUAUCGUGGCACCGAACAACAUCAACAUUACUAUGCCUCUGGCAACUUCAAUAAUUUCAACACAUCAUCUCCUCAAACCUACUUUGCCCCAUUGUCGCCGCCCAUCUUCACCGAUCCUUUUGCCACAUCCCAGUCCACAGCUCCCUCGAAGAUGGGGUCUGCCUUGGAUUCGUUAGACAACCCUAGAUGCCUGCCUGCCUACUCUACAAUGCCACCUCUAGCAGACGACGCCCUCGGCUUUCUGCUAGCUAAUCCAGAUCGCUAUCCACCAUCCCCUUACCAUUCCGCUCAACUCGGCGCUGCCGCAAACUACGACCCUCGAUGUGACAUUGGGUUGCUUCUUCCUAGGCUUUCUAUCACCAAUGGUUCGGCGACGGAAGCUCAAGAGAGCUCACAAUAG